CGCCUCCCGUCUCCGUCCUCCGCUCCCCGCCCCCUCCCGGGUUCGCGUCUCUAAGUCCGUCGCGCCCGCUAUCAUCACGUGAUUGCUCCAUCCGGGUCCUUUGCGUUCUCUCUCCCUCUCCCAACAUGGCGGCCUCAGCAAAAAAGAAGAAUAAGAAGGGGAAGACUAUCUCCCUAACAGACUUUCUGGCUGAGGAUGGGGGCACUGGUGGAGGAAGCACCUAUGUCUCCACCAAAUCGCUCAGUUGGGCUGAUGAAACAGACGACCUGGAAGGAGACGUUUCAACAACUUGGCACAGUAAUGAUGAUGAUCUGUAUAGGGCAGCUCCAAUUGACCGGUCCAUCCUUCCCACUGCUCCACGAGCUGCCCGGGAACCCAAUAUUGACCUGAGCCGUCUUCCCAAAUCGCCACCCUACACUGCUUUCCUAGGAAACCUGCCCUAUGAUGUAACAGAAGACUCCAUUAAGGACUUUUUUAGAGGAUUAAAUAUCAGUGCCGUGCGUUUACCACGUGAACCCAGCAAUCCAGACAGGUUGAAAGGUUUUGGUUAUGCUGAAUUUGAGGACCUGGAUUCCCUGCUCAGUGCUCUGAAUCUCAAUGAAGAGUCUCUAGGUAACAGGAGAAUUCGAGUGGACGUUGCUGAUCAAGCACAGGAUAAAGACAGGGAUGAUCGAUCUUUUGGCCGAGAUAGAAAUCGGGAUUCUGACAAAACAGACACAGACUGGAGGGCUCGUCCUGCCACAGACAGUUUUGAUGACUACCCACCCAGAAGAGGUGAUGACAGCUUUGGAGACAAGUUUCGAGAUCGGUACGAUUCAGACCGGUAUCGAGACGGAUACAGGGAUGGAUACCGUGACGGCCCACGCCGAGAUAUGGAUCGCUAUGGGGGCCGAGAUCGCUAUGAUGACCGAGGCAGCAGGGACUAUGACAGAGGCUAUGAUUCCAGGAUAGGCAGUGGCAGAAGAGCAUUUGGUAGUGGGUACCGAAGGGAUGAUGACUACAGAGGCGGUGGAGACCGCUACGAAGACCGCUAUGACAGACGGGACGACCGGUCAUGGAGCUCCAGAGAUGAUUAUUCUCGAGAUGAUUAUAGGCGCGAUGACAGAGGUCCCCCCCAAAGACCCAAACUGAAUCUAAAGCCUCGGAGUACUCCUAAGGAAGAUGAUUCCUCCGCUAGCACCUCCCAGUCCAGUCGAGCAGCUUCUAUCUUCGGAGGGGCAAAGCCUGUUGACACCGCUGCUAGAGAGAGAGAGGUAGAAGAACGGCUACAGAAGGAGCAAGAAAAGCUGCAGCGUCAGCUGGAUGAGCCAAAACUAGACCGCCGGCCUCGGGAGAGACACCCAAGUUGGCGAAGUGAAGAAACUCAGGAACGAGAACGAUCAAGGACAGGGAGUGAAUCAUCCCAGACUGGGACCUCAGCCACAUCUGGCAGAAAAAUGCUUAAGGAGGACUGGAAAGAUGGCCCCACAGAUGCACGAAGGAGAGAGAGUGAGAAGUCCCUAGAAAAUGAAACUGUUAAUAAAGAAGAAGACUGUCACUCUCCAACUUCUAAACCUCCUAAGCCUGAUCAGCCUCUAAAGGUAAUGCCAGCCCCUCCACCAAAGGAGAAUGCGUGGGUGAAGCGAAGUUCUAACCCUCCUGCCCGAUCUCAGAGCUCAGACACAGAGCAGCAGUCCCCUACAAGUGGUGGUGGGAAAGUAGCUCCAGCUCAGCCAUCCGAGGAAGGACCAGCAAGGAAAGCAGAUGAAAAUAAAAUAGAUGGGGUGAGUGUCCCAAAGGGCCAAACUGGGAACUCCAGCCGUGGUCCAGGAGAUGGAGGGAACAGAGACCACUGGAAGGAGUCGGACAGGAAAGAUGGCAAAAAGGAUCAAGACUCCAGAUCUGCACCUGAGCCAAAGAACCCCGAGGAAAAUCCAGCCUCUAAGUUCAGUUCUGCAAGCAAGUAUGCUGCUCUCUCUGUGGAUGGUGAGGAUGGAAACGAGGGAGACUACACCGAGUAGACCUCUGCGUCCUGUGCUUUCUCCUAGUCUUUCCACCCUGGAACAUUGAAGAGCAAUUUACACCUCUGUCCAGACAAGACAAAAUAAAACCAUCUCCUGAAGACCUUUCUUAAUUUUUUUUUUAAUGAAAUGAAAUUCUUUUGCAUGCUGCUGCAGCCUUCUAAAGUAUUGAAGUAACUGGAGAAUCACCAAUGUAGCCAGAGACAGUGGCUACAGCUUUUGAAUGAGAAAGUUGCGGUGUGUUCUGAUAAUACCCAUGCAGUUGCCUGUGUGACUAGUGCCUAGGGGCUCCAUUCAGCAGAAAUGGUAAAGACUGUGAUACCGUGUCUGGAUCAGUUGGGGCAGUAGGAGAGGUACAAGUGAGAUUUCUACCUUUUAAUUCCUAAUCCUCUGGUGAAUUCUCAAACAUUAUCAGAAUAAAUUUCUCAUCUUUGGAAAGGUAGAUUUCAUCUCCAGGAGGCUGCCAGCCCUUCCUCUUACCUUAAUUCUGAUUUACUGGGGCCAGCCUAGGGGAAAUUAUUUUAUUUUUUACCCCCCAGGGGGGUAGUUGGGAGUGAGUCUACAGGCUACUAACAAAUAGGGCUGCUUGGGGACCAAAAUGAAUGGGAAACUCAAUCGUGGUUUGAAAAGCAUUGGGGAGGUGGUGGGUCAUUUUACACCAAGUAGUAGGAGAGAGAGUGUGACCUCCAAUAAACAUGAAUGUGGUUCCCUGGCAGAGGAAGCACUUAUGGGUCAUUGGGAAUUCCAGUCUUGUGUGUCCUAGUUUUACUCCCUUCAAACAUUGUCCUUUCUGCAAUUCCAAAUAUAUUCACAUCUUGUUUAAACCUUGAAGCUUUAAAAAUUCACUCUUGUCAUCUUGAGUUCUUCACCCUCCACUUCCUUCCCAAAAGCAGUCUCUGAGUCACAUGUGUGCUUCCAGAGGAAGCGCCCCAACUCUGGGAUUCCUAUUCCUUCCUUCUAUCCACACCUCCUGCUGCUUCGACUCCUCUAGAUUGGAAUACUUAAUUGAUGGACUUGGAUGGUAGAGCAUAAAUAGGGACAGUUGGGAGCCUUUCUUACAACCUUGAUUGGGUGUUUUUUGAGGGUUUUUUUCUUCCUCCACUGAAAUCCCACUUGAGUGCUUGGUGACCUGGACUAUGUGCAGUUUUCUGCUUAGGGGGUUGGUAUUCAUGGCUUCCCCUGAGAGAGUAAAGGAUACAAAAGAACUACCUGACAAGGUCCAGGCUUCUCUUGGCAACACAGUAGUUUGCUAAGAUGUGUACCUCUGCAGGGGUCAGCUCAUAGAUGGAAUCCUUCCCCAUUGUGGGCAGUUGGGAUACUUACAGACAAAUGAUGUCUUGGUCUUAUUUGCAAGCCCUGCUGGGGGUGGGGGGUGUUGAUUUAUGUGUGCUGCAGCAGUGGGCAUAGCAAAUCGCUUAUCCAGUGGACUUGAUUGACUAGUAGUUAGGAAGUGGGCUUUUAGAGAGAGAACCAAGGUUGAAUGGGUUUUUUAAAAACCACUGGUUGUAGACAAUGAAAAGGUAGUUGGCCCUCUUCAUGUCUAUUUUCCUUCCAACUAGUUGCAUCUAAAAAAAAAAAAAGCUGUUUUAUCCCACUCGCCUUCUUUGCUCCUCUGUUAAAAUAAAAACAGGGGUUGACUUAUGUCCCGCUCCUGAACAUGUAAAAUUUGUACAAAAAUAUCUUCUAUGAAAAUGAUUUGUAAUCUGUAGACAUUACCUGGGAGAUGUCUUGAGAUGUAAAAUCCCAUUCUUUGGGUUGUGGGUUUUUUGUUUUGUUUUUUUUUUGUUUUGUUUUGUUUUCUCCAAAUAAAUCUGAUCUUUAAAGUUCA